UCCAGAGUCGGAGGAGGCGCGCAGUCCACUCUUCACAUGUCGCUGCCUGUCUGUCUGGGGAUAUAAUAAGCACCAUCUAAUGAAAGCAAGUGUCUGUUCUGGUGGGGGGGAUUUUCCAUCCGAAACCGACCGGCUCUGUCUGCGUGAAAUAGGGAAUGAACGACGAGACAGCAUCGGACAGCUGGAAGAGAAACUCCGGGUGCUCCAGUAUUGAGCAAAUGCUGGCUGUGAAUCCCGGAAAGACGCCCAUCAGUCUGCUGCAGGAGUAUGGAACGCGGAUAGGCAAGACCCCAGUGUAUGACCUGCUUAAGGCCGAAGGACAGGCCCACCAGCCCAACUUCACUUUCCGCGUCUCCGUGGGAGAGAUCAGCUGCACCGGCCAAGGGCCCAGCAAGAAGGCAGCCAAGCACAAAGCAGCUGAGGCUGCUCUGAAGAUGCUCAAGGGAGGCCUCGGAGGUCCCGCAGGAGUCGGUGUUGGAGUUGACGGGUUUAUUGCGGUGGAUGUGUCUGCGGAUGGAGAUGGUUCCCCUUCAGAGAUGAAGACCUUGGGCAGUUCUCAGCAAUCUGAAUGUAACCCUGUAGGGGCUCUGCAGGAACUGGUGGUGCAGAAAGGAUGGCGUCUGCCAGAGUACACGGUCACGCAAGAGUCUGGUCCAGCACAUAGGAAAGAGUUUACCAUGACCUGCAGAGUCGAAAGAUUUGUAGAAAUUGGAAGUGGUACAUCUAAGAAACUUGCCAAGAGAAAUGCAGCAGCUAAGAUGUUAUCCCGUAUACACGACGUGCCAGUAGAUCUGAGGACCAACAAUGAUGCAGACACAGAAGACGACACGUUUAAUAUGCACUUGGGGAACAGAGCUGAGUCAGGCAAAAGUAAAGGUUUCAGCUGCACAUGGGACUCUCUGCGUAACUCCGCUGGAGAGAAGAUCCUCCAGCUCCGCAGCCACCCCCUGGGUAUGCCCUCCGACUCCAACUUCUGCUCCCUGCUCAGUGACCUCUCAGCGGAGCAGCGCUUCGACGUCAGCUACCUGGAUUUAGAAGAGCGCAGCCUCAGCGGCCUGUGUCAGUGUCUCGUGGAGCUGUCCACACAGCCGAUCACAGUGUGCCACGGUUUCGCCCCCAACAUAGACGCCGCCCGAGCCAACGCGGCCCACAAUGCACUGCAGUACCUCAAAAUCAUGGCGGGAGGGAAGUGAUGGACCCCGGUCCAGUUCCUCCCCAGUGAAGUCAAACUCUGCACAGUGCCAUCAAGUUUCCACUCGGGAUCUCAGCAGAGGCACUUCUGUGGUCAGUUUGAAAAACACCGGUUACCUCAAAUUUGGAAAGGAGGCUUUUUCUGCCCCCAGAGUACCCCAUGCAGUUUUCCGCAGCCCCAUGCGUCACGCCACAGAUGAACUUUUAGUUGCCCAAAAAAAAACUCCCGAAAACUGCAUUUGUCGUAAAUUGUUUAGAAGUGCCCUUUUACUAUUUCUAGUGUUUGGUCUUUAUGUCAUUCACUGUACGUUUUUUUAAAUUUGAAGUUUAAACUGUAUUUAUCUGAAGACGUCGUUGGUGCUCUCACGUUGAAUUUGAUCUGAUUCGCUGAGGAAAAAUUCUCAUGGAGCCAAAAAGUGCAAAAAGUCCAAAGGGCUCGUGAAAUUUGGGAAUCACUAUUUAACAGUGCUUCAUUGAAUCCCCUCGCUCACGGAUGGAUAGUAAAGAAACGAGAGAGAAUCCAGACAUGUUGAGAAACAUAAAGAGACUGCUGAAUUAAAAAUAAAAACAAAUCUUUGUAUUUUAAUGACCCUUUUUAUGGAUGACUUGCAUGAGUUGUUAUUAAAAUUUUACUUUUAUUUGAAUUCGAACACAAGAAACUUUUAUUGUCCACGUGUGUAAUGUGUCCCUCAUGUUUUGUUUAGGAUUGUGAACUUUUUUAGGAGCAAAAUCUUUCGAAUGAAUUGUCAUUGUGAAAUUCCAGUGUCAAAUUUCUUUUAGAUUGAAAUUGCUGCAAUAAAAGUUUUGCAAUUAAAUUUCUGGUUUUU